UCAGUUCCCUGACGGAGGUUAUAUACUUGCUGUUUUUUAAAUUUAUUAAGUUCAAUUCUUCAACGACAUUGUGCGUCCUUGUUAUUUAUUACCUCAGAAUUCAACUCUCAAAAUUAUUUUUCUUCAAUUAAUUAAUAUAUAUUUCUUGUAUUAAUUUCAAUAGGUAAAUCCUAAAUAUUUCUCAAAAUGACUGAACCAUCACCGAAAAAGUCCAAAAGUUCAUGUCUGGCUCAGUUAAAGAACUAUACCGUUGUCGUAGCCGACACUGGCGAUUUUGAAGCUAUGAAAAAAUACCAACCAACAGAUGCAACAACAAAUCCAAGUCUCAUUCUGGCAGCAGCAAAAAUGCCUCAGUAUAAAGAUUUAAUAAAUAAAGCUCUUAAAUUUGGAAUUGCUAAUGGAGAUUCCAUUGAAGAACAAACUGAAGAAGCUAUGGAUCAACUUGUUGUUUUAUUUGGAACUGAAAUUUUAUCUUUAAUUCCUGGACGAGUGUCUACUGAAGUUGAUGCAAGAUUAUCUUUCAACAAAGAAGCUAGCAUUGCUAAAGCCAUCAAGUACAUUAAAAUGUAUGAAAAAGCUGGAAUUAGUAAAGACCGCAUUCUCAUUAAACUGGCUUCUACUUGGGAAGGCAUUCAAGCAGCUAAAGUUUUAGAGCAAGAGCAUGGGAUACAUUGUAAUUUAACUCUAUUGUUUUCUUUGUAUCAAGCAAUAGCAUGUGCUGAAGCUGGUGUAACUCUAAUAUCUCCAUUUGUUGGUCGAAUUUUAGAUUGGCAUGUUGCAAAUACUGACAAGAAAAUAUUUGAACCUUUGAAAGACCCUGGUGUCAUAUCAGUAACUAAUAUAUAUAACUAUUUUAAGAAGUUCAACUACAAAACUGUUGUAAUGGGAGCUUCGUUCCGUAACACUGGUGAAAUCAAAGCAUUAGCUGGAUGUGACUUGCUCACAAUUAGUCCAAAAUUGUUGGAAGAACUAGAUAAUAGUAACGAUCAACUUACUGAAUAUUUAUCAGUUAAAAAUGGCAAAUCAUCGGAUUUAGAAAAAAUUGAAUUAAAUGAAGCUAAAUUUCGUUGGGAAAUGAAUGAAGAUAAAAUGGCUACUGAUAAACUAUCUGAAGGAAUAAGGAAUUUUGCUGCUGAUUCUCGUAAACUUGAAAAAAUUUUAGUAGAAAUGUUAAAAGAAAUUAAAUAAAUACCAAUUCUAAAAGUAUUUUACUUAAUGGGAUCAAUUAGUUUUAUAUGUGAUUUAUUUGUAUAAGAAUACAUGUAGAAAAUUUAUUAAGUAUGUUAUAUCUUAAGAUAUUAUUAGAAGUUUUUAUUUUGCUAACCAAGAUAUUUAAAAUUAUAUUUUUUUUGAUACUUCUUUGAUUUGUAGUUUCAAUAAAUAAUAUUCAUUUAUAUAUAAGUUGUAAUAGCUUAUUUUAUAUUAUGUUGAACUUUUCACACAUUAAAUUUACAAAUUAUGAAACA